AUGAAAAACAAAAGGUACAGGUUAUUAAUGGAGAAGGCAGCCCAUGACAAGUUGGAGAAUGGGAUCUUUCCAGUUCUCGAUCACCUGGCAGAAAAUGAGUCCCAAAUUGUAGAUCUACAAGAUGUGUUUCAGAGGUUCACAUUCGAUGUUAUUUGCAUGACGGUGUUGGGAUAUAAUCCGAGUUCUCUAAACAUUGACCUACAAGAUGUCCCACUAGCAAAAGCUUUCGACGAUAUAGAUAAAGGCAUGUUCGAACGACACGUCGUCCCCGAGACGAUGUGGAAGCUCCAGAGGUUGCUUGGUCUCGGAGCGGAGAAGUGGUUGGCGGUGGCCACCGAAAGAUUCGACAAGUUUCUCUAUGAUUUCAUCUCCUCCAAACGGGAAAAAAUCGUUAGACAACAGACAACGAUGGACAAAGAAGAAUUAGUCGACCUACUCACGGCUCACAUCGAGGGAGAGACGAGAAAGGAGGACGUCGUCGAAUAUUCCACAUUCAAGGACGACAAGUUGUUGCGUGACAUGGUCAUUAAUCUGUUGGCGGCGGGUAGAAGCACAAUAGCUGUUGCCCUGGUUUGGUUCUUCUGGAGCAUGGCCAACAAUCCACGCGUCGAGAGCAAGGUCCUAGCCGAGCUCGCUGACAAUCCACCGGCACCACAUCAUUCCGACGACGACCAUUCGUCAUGUAGACGUCGACAGAGCCGCCUUUACUGUGAGGAAGAAGUAAACCGCUUGGUUUAUUUGCAUGCAACGGUUGCGGAGACCUUGAGGCUACACACGCCCACGCCAAUGAACCACAAGUGGGCAAGGGAGGCAGACGUGUUGCCCAGUGGCCAUCGUGUGAGAGCAAAGACGAGGAUUUACGUCUCGAUGUAUGCCAUGGGUAGAAUGAAAGGUAUAUGGGGUGAAGAUUGCAGAGAAUUUAAGCCGGAGAGGUGGAUAACUGAAAGAGGAGGGAUUCGGUACGUGCCAUCGCAUCAAUUCACCACGUUUAGCGGAGGGCCAAGGAGUUGUCUGGGCAAGGAAGUGAGCUUGAUUCAGUUGAAGAUGGUGGUGGCUGCUAUACUGUGGAGGUAUAAGUUCCAAGUGGUGGAAGGUCAUCGUGUUUCUUAUACCAUGUCGACAGUGCUCCAAAUGGAAAACGAACUCCGAGUUAGCGUCUCUUGGCGAUCGACUUGA